AUGAAGCCGUCAUUUACAACAGACUUUAGUGAUGAAGACGUAAAAUUUCGUAGUCCUCCUAAUCGCAACAAUGUCAUAUCUUCCAACUACGCAGUGGCACCAUAUGCUAGGGCCGUGUAUGACUUCCAGUGAGGUUUUCGAGCAAUAAAUCACACAACAAUUUAUCAUUUCAGAGGGGAAUUUGGAAAUGAGCUCUCCUUUACCGCUGAUGAGAUAAUACAUAUUCACAAGAAAAUUGAUAGCGAAUGGUUGGAAGGAUCGAUAGGAUCUUCGCGGAGUGGAAUUUUCCCCAUGUCAUUUGUUCAAGUGAUCGUAGACUUACCCGAAGAUGAGUCCAUGACGACAAAAAGCAGAAGAAGCACAACGAUUGAAAACGAGGGUAUAGGUUUCGCUAAUGUUCGAUACACGUUCACUGGCAGACAAGGAGACGAAUUGUGUGUGAAAGCCGGAGACACGGUCAGAGUGUUACGGACGGUGAAUGAUGAGUGGGUGAUGUGCAAGGAUCCAGAUAAUGAUAAAACUGGAAUUGUACCCGUUGGGUUCUUAGAAGUGUAUCUUGACGAUGAAGACGAUGAUAAUCAAACAGCAAGUCGCAAAGGAACGAAUUGUUUUAAUGUAGGGCAUUUUCAUAAAGCAAAUACUCAUUGACUACUGGAUGUUUUACUCCCUCACUCUUUUACUACUCAGGAAAAAAAGGCGCAAAUUCGGCGCAAAAAACCGAAACGGCGUCGGCACGUAGCUCGGCGCAACUUCGGCUCUACUUCGGCACCGGCGCAUUUUCCGAAUUCGAGAGAGACAUACAAAAUCGAAAAGGCGUCGGCGGCGACAAUUCGGCUCAACUUCGGCGCCAACGCCGGCGCCUAGUACGCCAAGAAAAUCAUUACUGACUCGCAAUUCUCUGGCGCUUUUCUUUUUCACUGUCACAUUUUUCAUUUUUUUUACAAGUCUUUUUUGGUUUGCUCUCAUUUACUUGCAGGUCAACAUGAUCAACCUUCAGAGCAGCACAAAAGAAACAAGCGGCGACCGUUGGAUACCGGAAAAGGUAAUGAAUAGAUCUAAUCCGUGCUUUCAUUUAUUUUUUAUUCUAUUUUUAGAACUGA